CAGGAGAAGGAGGAGGGAGUUGUAGGUACGCUGGGGCAUCGAUCUCUACAGGGAUAUUCCCAGAAAGCCAGGAAGCCAGGUGUUUCCGGGAGAAGGCGAGCUGUGUGUAGGGGAGCAGAGAUUUCUACGGCAACUAGCCAUGAUAGCACGUCAUGUACAGUUUUUGAAAACAAAUUUAUAUCAGUAUGCGUCAAAGCGUAGAUUUGCACAGAUCGCCACUUCCUCUACCCUUUUUCCCCAUCAGUCGCAUCUCCAGCAGCACCAGCAACACGGACAGGGAGGCGCUGCAGGACGCUCCACGCCAUCUUUUUUGCAACAGCAGACUCUUAAAGCAGAUAAAUUACAUACGCCUACGAAAAUAGCAGGUGCAUCCGUGCCUUGGUCAAAUUCAGCUCACAACGUAAGCGAUUCCAAAUCGGAUAUCCUCCGAGACGAAGAAGCGACUAUACUUUCAUAUGCGAAGAAACGGUCGGAACGGGUGUCUCUGCGCAGUCUAGCGGAAGUGGGCUUAGGAACACGACCUUGGCUGUCGAGUCUGAGAGAUGCCAUGUCCCUUGAAAAUCCCCUCUGUUCCUUGAACGUGCGUCUUUGCAGGGUGUCUGACCCCCACUCCCCGGCCCAGAAGGGGCUUCUGCGCAUGGCGACCUUCUUGCACCGAGAGCUCCCGAUUCGCUUCGCACGCGGCAUCACUUUCAUCGACAAAUUAGAUUCAAGUCGACAGGCGCCCAGUUUACGUGUGGUUCGAGAGUGGUACAGGGAAUCCUUUCGAGACGUGGUGUCAAGCCCGUGCCCCGUCACCGACGGCUGCGAGGAGAGCUUCGUGAAGGUGCUGACGCGUGUCCGGGACAGGCACGCGGACGAACUCUUGCUGGUUGCGCGAGGGGUCUUUGAACUGCGAGCCAAGCUAGGUAUGGACGCAUUGGACGGGAGGGGCGGUCGGGAAGCUCUCCAUGCGCAACUCGACGAACUCCAUCUGAAGCGCAUAGCCCUCCGCAUCCUCGUGGGUCAUUACCUGGCUCUGCACCAGCCCCCUCGCCCCAAUUACGUGGGGAUAAUCUGCACGCGCACAAAACUUCAAGAUGUGAUCGAGACGGCGGCUGCGGACGCACGCUGGAUUUGCAAGCAACGCUUCGACGGUUGCGCCCCGCGAGUGGAGGUGAUUGGGGGGGAGGGUAUGGUGAUGGCCUGCAUUCCGGAAAGCUUAUACUAUCUGUCGAUGGAACUCAUCAAAAAUUCAUUGCGGGCAGUAGCAGAGCGCUACAAUGAGGCUUUGUUUCGUGACGGAUCAAUGGCACAUGGCGCGGGCGGGGACGAAGGGUGUGUGCCCUCGAUCAAAGUCAUUCUCAGCCGAGAGUACAGUUUGACAGAAGGGCAACAGGUGGUGAUCGAGGUGCGGGACGAAGGGGGGGGGAUUCCGCCUGAGGAUCUAGGUAAGGUUUUCUGUUACCUUUUUUCCACUGCGGCUGAUGCGGAUGUGCAGCAACUCGUUAUGGACCGUCACGCCUCGGGGCUUGGGGGGGAAAGGAGUAAGCAUAACAGAGGGAACUCAAAGAAAGUGCCUCUCGCAGGUCUGGGGUAUGGUUUGGGCAUUGCCAAGUCAUAUGCUUUGUAUUUUGGGGGGGAGUUGGAAUUAAAAAAUCGGCCAGGAGAUGGCUGCUCUGUGUUUGUGACUUUGAGCCGGCUUGGUGAGUGCAAGGAGCCAUUGGUCUAAGGUCAGAGUGGGAGUGACCUGGUCAUGUAUAUAGUGCUGCAUCUGUGGAAAAGCGAUCGACAAUGACUUUUGUACUACGUGUGAAAAAAUACUUGCAAAGUUAAUUAUCUUCAUCAUGGGGAUGGGAGGCCUUCGAGUGCGAGGUGGAUGUUGAGAAGGUAAUCAAAUUAAUGUAUGUGCAAGGGUUACUUCAUUACUUGAUACGCUAAACUGGAUUUUGUUCGACAAAUCUGGGAAAAGGUGCCAUACCCUUCUUUUAAAGUCUGUUCAUCUAGCGUCGGCUCAUUAAGAAAAAAAACGUAAAUUGUCUCUCAUCUACAAGA